AUGGGAGCCAAGAAAGGUACCUCUGUGAUCGAUACGUUCGUCGAAAGCGAAUAUCCACCCAUCAGGUCCAACUACAAGCUCCUCGCCGAGAAGGUGGAAGAAGUCUGUAAACGAGCCCUUCACAAAGCAGAUAUCCCGCAUUUCACAUCGUCCCGAGUCAAGGACAAAGAGCGACUAAGAGCCAAACUAGAAAAAAUCCAGGAAAGGCGACGCGUGGAGUGGACUCCCGAGGAGAUUUUGAAGAAUGUCUUUGAUUUCGCGGGUGUGCGCAUAGCGCUUUACCGGCCGGAGCAGAAGUCUGACAUCCGCCAGAUCCUGGAAAAGGAUUGCAGGUUUACUUUCCAUGAUCCCGAUACGAAAACAUUCGGGGACGAGGUGGAGAAUGGGGGUAAGGCCUCGGUAAAUGGGGAGUUUCACCAUCACCGUGUUCAUAAUAAGAUUUCAACACCCAAGUAUGAAGCGAUCCACUAUAUUGUUUCGCUGCAUCCGGAAGAUCUGCAGGAUCUGCACUCAUACCCUGUCGAAGUACAGGUUAUGUCGGUGCUGCAGAGCUCCUGGGCCCAGAUCCAACAUGACCUUACCUACAAGCAACUCUCGGGCCAUCUGUCGAAAGCGGAAGAGACUACUCUGGAGAGCUUGGGCCGGGUGAUGACACUUGGAGAGAGCUUUCUCUAUCAGCUCAGUAUCAUCCAGGAUGAGCGGAAGCUAAAGGCCACGGGCCCUUUCAAGAAUGUUUACGAACUGGGCAACUUCCUAUGGGACUGGUUCGUGGAGAACUAUGGCAUGGAGGUGGAAGAUCUGGGGCCGCUCAGUGCGCUCAAGGCAUUGCUGGAGAAAACGAAACUAAACAAUCGCAAGGAGCUAAGCGAAGUCCUGACAAGCCUAAUCCCUACUUCCAAGAAUCCAAGGCCCAUAGAAAGGGCAUCCGCGCGCGUCUGUCCCGGGAUGGAGCUGCGCCCAGCAGUUUUCAUCAUGAAUCACAUUAUCACCACCCACGACGAUGAACUCAAUGAGGAGUGGAGGGAGAGUCUGCACCGGGAAGAGAUGCGAUCCCAGGCUAUGCUAGAGGUCAUCAUGAGCACAAUUCUGUGGCUCUUUGACUUUUUCCCUCUUCCAUUUUGGGAACUUGCUCUGAAAUCGGGGGGGUCACCGCAUCAACAAGAAGUGCGAAUCGAGCGACUUUCAUGGCUUGCUUCAACGCGACCUGGCGAGUUAAUGGAUUCCCCAGCAGACUUUCUCACCAACCCGGAAGAUCGCGACAAUGUCAACGAGCUGUGGAAUUGGUUCAAUGGCCAUCAUAGUCGCGCUGUUCAGCUCGCCUUUCGUAUUUCCAAGUAUGUGAUUGUACGGGAUGUCGUGAGGGAGUCCUGUUUGUUUGACAGAGUGUUUUCGAGAAUGGGUCAGACCUUGCGGAAUGACUUUCAGAGUAACAAUGGACGAAGCAGUCCAUAG